GUGGGUCCAGAAAGAGACACUAACCGGUGGGGAAGCAUCUGAUAGAUUUUCAACUGUGUUCCAAUACUACUUGGAAACUCACUGCCGCACAAAGAAGCGUUCAGAACCCUGGACAGCGCCAAAGAGAGAGGACCCGCGGAUCAAUUUUUUAAAGCACAUGUUUAAAGCGAUGGUUCAAAGAAACGGUCCCCAGUUGCUUCUCCUUAUAGCCCUGUGCAGUGUGUUAUAUUCCCGGACUCUGAGUUUACCAUAUGCAUCUACGAGACCGAUGCGACACGCAGACGGUCUCUUUACAAGCGGAUACAGCAAACUUCUUGGGCAGUUAUCAGCGCGACGGUAUCUGGAAUCUUUGAUUGGGAAGCGCGUCAGUGACGACAUGAUGGAGGACCAAGUCCCAGUGAAGCGACACUCAGAUGCGAUCUUCACAGACAACUACAGCCGCUUCCGCAAACAGAUGGCCGUGAAGAAAUACCUGAACUCAGUCCUCACAGGAAAAAGAAGCCUAGAAGAUCCUCCCAGUAUUCCGGAGGAGUCCAUAAACGACCCAACUUUUCAGGAGAGCUAUGAUGAUGUCAAUGUAGAUCAUCUUAUAAAUUUCCAAUUGCCACUUUGAGGGAGAGCAGUGUGUGAACGCAAACCUCAACCACACAUCUUCAUUGACCUGCCAUUCCAAAAAUAUUAAAAAGGACAUCUGUAACUGACAUGUGUCAGAGUCCAAUGUGGUUAUCUAUCAAGUAUAUGUUUACAUUGUAUAUAAGACACUUAAACUAAAGACUUAGCCCUUGAUGAUGCAGGCCGCAGUAAAUAAUAUGUGACUUCACCUGAUUGGGAUAAAUCUGCUGUUAGCAGGACCUCAGUACUCCGUAGAUAUAGCUCUGCACAGUAUGGUUUAAUCGCAAGAGCUUAAGCAGAUGAGGACCACAUUUGAAGCUAUAUUGAUGCAUACAAUCACUUUUUAUCCACUUAGAACAAAGCUAUAUCUGUGCAUAAACCUGCCUAGAGCAAUCUAGUGAUGUAACUCACCAAAUAAAAAUAUGUCUGUUUAUUUUUCAAAGCUGAGUACUUUUGUAAGUAAAUGCUGGUGUUAAAGAUGUUCUGUCGAGAAUAGUGUUACACAGGGAUGCUUCCAGGAGUGACCAAGCAGCACCUCACACUUGAAGGCGCUCAACUUUGUUGAUACAAUCCUAAUGAUAUGAUUUAGAGGUUAAAACCUAUUUUGCUUAGCAAGAAAUCAAAGAAAUCAAUAUCACUAUUUUUCAGCCAUCAAGCUCCAGUUGAAGACCAAAUGAUAACAUUAGGAAAGCAGUUUAAUCCUCAUAAAUAACUGUGCUUGUUACUCUGCAAGUACUCAAGAUGAGCAAUUAGAGGCAGGGAAAGUUUAUUUCUUGCUGGGUUUUCUAGCUGUCAGUAACUUAAAAUUAACACAAUCAUGAUAAGGAUACAGAUGGUAUUUCUACCAUUACAACACAUUGAAGAUAGUUGAGAAAAGUCUCAAGUCUCUUAUUCACGUAGAUAUUGUCUGUGGCAUAAGAUUACACAAUUUAGUCUAAGGAGUUCUAGAAAUAAUUGUCUAUAUGAUUCUGUAGAUAGGUCAUCCCUUUCUUGUCUUGUCAUAUUAUGUCAUGGAACGUAAAGUUAGUUAAAUGUAAAUGUGAUCUCUUUGAGAAGGUCAAGGCCAAAGCAUGAGAAGACAGUGAGAAAGAAAUGUAAGACAUAAAAUGUUUACCAUAGAUAGUGGUCCUUUUCUACAGGAUGUACCUUUCAAUAGAUCCAGAUAAUACUAAUAAAUAAAUAACAGUUGCAAACAU